CUGAAUUCAAAUUAGAAAUGGAAUCAGGCUGAUAUCGAUCUAAAACCAGUUGGAAACCAAAAUUGACUGAAAUCAUAGUCAACCAAUCCAAUUUUAGUUCACCUUCUGACCAAAACCUAAAUCGCAAAUUUUUUUUAUUCGAAACCGAUCCAGAUCGGACCGAUCCCGGCCAACCAAUGACCUUUUAUCUUUUCCAUUUUAUUUUCAAUGCAAAUAUAAAGCAAGGAACCAAAACCUAUCUACGCCCGUAAAAAUGGUGAGCCGGAAACAAGAAAAACCCUCAAAGACCAACUCCUCCCUGAAAACCCCUAAAACCCACACCAAGUUCAAAAAUAAAAAGAACCAGCCGCCCAGCAUCAAGGCCGAGAAGAAGAAGAAGAAAGACAAGAAGAAGAGCAGCAGCAACAGUGAGGUAACUGUAACACCGGCUUCGGCGUCACAGUAUCGUAGUUUCUUUCUAAAUGCGUUUCAAUCGGCCAAUGCCCUUCAGCUUUCUUCUAUCGAGCUCGAAUCAAUUAAAGAGACGAGCUUUCUGGAGUCAUCUCAAGAACUGGGUCAAGAAGUCGAGGACUUGGGGAAACAUGUGAAGGCUGCUUUUGGACCCUCAUGGAAACAAGUGCUCUGUGAAAGGCAGCUUGUGGACGGGAAGAUAGAACCAGGGAGUCCGGCUGUUCUUAUUAUUAGUACAUCGGCUUUGAGAUCUAUUGAACUUCUGAGGUCUAAACAUUGUCCUUGUAAUGGAGUACACUUGCUUUUCUUCAUUUUCUAUACGACUGUUAAAGAGUAAUAAGUGAUUAUCUUCUCCAGGGGCGUGCGUUCCUUCACGAGAGAAUGCCAUGCUGUCAAGCUAUUCUCGAAGCAUAUGAAGGUUGAGGAACAGGUAACCUUAUUGAAGGAGCGUGUGAAUAUUGCUAGUGGCACACCAAACAGGGUCAAGAAGUUGAUUGACAUCGAGGCACUAGGACUUUCACGGUUAGCCAUGAUUGUACUUGAUAUUCAUACAGAUGUUAAGGGCUAUUCAUUGUUAACACUUCCACAAGUCAGAGAUGAAUUCUGGGACUUGUAUAAGAACUACUUCCACCAACGACUUUUGCGAGGUGAUCUCCGUAUGUGUCUCUUAGGUCCAUUACCAAAUGGCAAUGUAUCAAGAAGAAGGGGUAAAAGGAAGAAAGUUCCUGAUGAAUAAAUAACAGAUUGUGAUUUAAAUUUUAAAUUUUGAGUUGUUUUAUAAAUAUAAUGUUCUGAUCUUUCUUAUAUUUCCAAAAACUCAUGAUGAAUUGCAAAUUUAGGUUUAUGUUCA